AUGGAUGGAAGAAAGAGCGACAGCGAGCUAAUGCAAGUGCGGGUCACUGCUAAGUCUAAGACUAGCAGCGUCCUCUCAAAAACAUCACCUUCAGUCGAUGCGGAGGAGCACCCUGAAGUAGCCCAACUUGAGGCCGUUUCGUCGUCUAGGGAACAUGCUAAGGCGCACUACCUCGCAUCGCCCCCAAUUGCUGAAAUCUCUGAGCAGAAGGCAAUAAAGUUCAAGAAGCGCGAAGCCCUGGACCAGAGCACUUCGCCCGUCGCUCCACAGCGCUUGCCUAGUACAACGUCCAUGGAACGACCCGCAGAUGCAACUAUAUUAGUGACUUCCACCGAGACUGUACUUGCGGGCGUAACUUCAAGUGCAACGCCUACGCAAAAAACAGGAAGCCCAGGAAGAGCAAAAAAAGCCGUGACCCCAGGUGCAGAGGCUGCGACUUCGUCAACUUCGCUGCGGCCAUCACCAGACAGACCACUGGUCGUCCUGGAAGGCCUCGAUUACGUGCCGCCGCCGACUUCUACACUCAAAGCCGUUGGUCAUGCUGAUACCUUCGCACAUUACGACGACUUGGAUGAAACUGAUUAUCACUUGUUUGACAUGCAGACAAAGGAGAAUGGCAGCGCAGGUUUUCCUUAUUCGAAAUCUACCUCGAAAGACUCUACCAUUAGCGAUAUGAUUGUGACGCACAAAAGACGAGGACAAGAAAAGGCGCAUAUUGGCUCAUCCUCCAUUAC